AUGAGAAAUGACCAUGGGUCCAACACCCAUCUGCGUCCAGACGAUGCAAUUCGUAGAGGAAAAAUCGUGCAAGUGGCCAGUUCGUCGUCGACUGCAAAUCCAAACGAAGGACCAGACCCGGAGUUAUUAGACCGCUAUGACAAUUUUUACGAAACAACGAAGAGUCUCUUGGUACUAUUCCAGAUUAUGGGUGUUAUGCCCAUCGAGCGGUCGGGGAAAGGCAAAACGACUUUCAGAUGGUUAUCGUCAACCUCGAUUUAUGCCUACUGCAUCUUCGCCGCUGAAACGAUUUUCGUCACUAUGGUCUUCAAGGAGAGAUUAUACCUAAUCCUCCGCCCGGGCAAGAGAUUCGAUGAAUACAUUUACGGCAUAAUUUUUUUGAGUAUUUUAAUCCCGCAUUUUCUAUUACCAGUCGCGGCUUGGACUAACGGCACGGAAGUCGCAAAAUUUAAAAAUAUGUGGACUAGGUUUCAGCUCAAGUACUAUCAAGUGACCGGAACGCCCAUCAUCUUCCACAACCUCUCCCUCAUCACCUACUCCCUCUGUGUGAUCUCCUGGGCCGUGGGCAUCGUCAUCAUGCUAGCCCAGUACUACCUCCAAGCCGACAUGCUCCUCUGGCACACUUUCGGCUAUUACCACAUCCUCGCUAUGCUCAACUGUCUCUGUUCCCUCUGGUUCAUCAACUGCACGGCCAAAGGCCGCGUCGCCGUCUGGAUGUGCAACAACCUCAACAAAGCUCUUGAAUCGCGUAAUCCUGCCAAAAUCCUAGGAGCCUAUCGAGAUCUCUGGGUCGACCUCUCCCACAUGAUGCAACAGUUGGGGAAGGCAUACAGUGGCAUGUACUCCAUGUACUGUCUCUUGAUUUUGUUGACGACCAUUGUGGCCAGUUAUGGUUCCGUGACGGAAAUCCUGGACCAGGGAAUUUCCUUCAAGGAAGCUGGCUUGUUCAUGAUUGCGUUUUAUUGCAUGACAUUGCUUUAUAUCAUAUGCAAUGAGGGACAUCAUGCCACUAGGAAGAUGGGGCCGGAGUUCAGGGAAAGGUUGUUAAAUGUUAAUUUGAGUGCGGUGGAUCAAAAGACAAGAGAGGAGGUGCAUAUGUUUCUGACGGCAAUUGACAAGAAUCCGCCCGUUAUGAAUUUGAAUGGAUACGCGAAUGUCAACAGAAAACUGAUUUCUUCGACAGUCACUUCGAUCGCGACUUAUCUGGUUAUGUUAAUGCAAUUCCGGUUGACUUUGAUGCGGAAUGCUCAGCUCGCUGCAAGAAGAGCAAUUGCUAACGUCUCUGUAUCCUCGGGGAAUACAACCAUGUCCUAA